AUGCCUUCAUCAAGGAACACCCCCUUGCGAGAGCGCAAGCGCCCAACGGCAGCGAUCAACAAAGAUAUUGGCGAUGUCGAUUCAAACGAUAAUAAUAAUAAUGUUGGCGACAGCGGCAACAACGACAGCAUACACCCGACGCACCGGGCCCAUAGCGGUUCGGUCUCUGAAAGGCGAAACGAAGGCACGGCGGAUGGCAGCUCAGCGAAGAGACAACGUCAGGUCCAACCCCGUGAUCAUACUUCAAGAGCUCUCCCUCGCUCUGUGAGCUCGUCAUCGCCAUCACCAGUGUCCGAGAAGGCUGUUCCGACUACCCAAGUCGAGAUCCAUCUCUCCAGCCUAAAAACGAAUACUAUUGUACAAGUAGUCAAAGGCUUCACAUCCAGAUAUCCGGAGCUUGCCAUGAUUCACUUGCCCACCCUACUCAAAGGAUUCGGCGUCUCCCAAGAGGCAGAGAUCUCACAAGGCACUCAAGGUCAGAAACUAUGUCAACAGGAAUAUCGAGUCUUGAUGGCAGCCAUACUUGCAGCAUUUACGGCAUCCGGUGAUCGAGUUUCGCAUAAUGAAUUGUACGAACGCAGAGUUUAUGAGAGCUACGCUGAAAAGCUGUUAUCAAUCAUGGCUUUCACAAGUCCGCAUAUGCUUGUUGCCCAGGCACUUCUUAUCAUAGCACUGCUCAAGGGCAGCUCGUUUGACCUGCAUAAAGCAUGGAUGUAUUGCGGUGCGUAG